AUGAGGACAUUUCAGGGAGGAUCUAAGACUCGGAAGCUGAAGAAGCUUAAACCGAGAUAUAUGGGACCAUAUCCCAUUUUGGAGCGAAUUGGAGAAGUUGCUUACCGAUUGGAUUUAUCCGAAGAGUUAUCAGAUUUCCAUGUUUUGAGGAAAGUCGUGAAAGAACCGGAGCUCAUUUUGCAGCAGCCGCCCAAUGACCUUGGUAGGAAUUUGCGUGCGCCGUGUCAGCCAGUAGAGCUAUUGGAUCGCCAAGUGAGAGCAGAUGAUGGUAUGAUGACUAUGUUGGUCAAAGUUCGUUGGGAGAGAGAUGGUAUUCAGGAGGAGACUUGGGAGUCCGAGCCCCAGAUGAGGAUUGAUUAUCCGGAGCUUUUCCGGGUUGACAUUGGGCAUGACAGCUUAUGA